UUCUUCAGCUGAAUUACUCACACCACACACACAGUUGGAGAAGUGAGUUCUCCCGAAAGAGAGAGAGAGAGAGAGAGAGAUGGGGAAGGUGGUGUGCGUGACUGGAGCAUCGGGCUACAUUGCUUCCUGGUUGGUUAAGCUUUUACUGAACCGUGGUUACACGGUUAAGGCCACUGUCCGCAACCUCAGUGAUCCACAAAAGGUUGCACACUUGAUGGCGCUUGAAGGAGCUGGGGAAAGACUGCACUUGUAUGAAGCCAACUUACUCGAGGAGGGAUCUUUUGAUUCUGUAGUUGAUGGCUGUGAAGGUGUCUUUCACACAGCAUCACCUGUUACCUUUUCAGUUUCCGAUCCACAGAAAGACCUGAUAGAUCCUGCAGUAAAGGGGACGAUUAAUGUUCUUGAAUCAUGCAAGAAAGUAUCAUCCAUCAAAAGAAUAGUCGUAACAUCUUCAAUGACUUCCGUUAUGUUCAACUAUAAUCCUGUAACACCUGAUGUUAUUGUCGAUGAAACAUGGUUCGCGGAUAAGAUCUUCUGCCAGGAAAAGAAUCAAUGGUAUGCUCUCUCAAAAACUUUAGCAGAGAAGGCUACGUGGGAGUUUGUGGAAGAAAAUAGCCUUGACUUGGUAACAUUACACCCUGGCUAUGUGAUCGGUCCUCUGCUACAGCCAACUCUUAAUUUGACCUCCGAGGCUUUUCUGAAUCUCAUUAAUGGAAAAGAAUUCUUCGCUGAUGGUAUCUACAGAUUUGUUGAUGUUAGAGAUGUUGCUCUUGCACAUAUUCUAGCAUUCGAGAAUCCUUCAGCAAGCGGCAGAUACUGUUUGGUUGGAAGAGUGACUUAUUCGUCCGAAGUACGGGCCAUAUUGAGCGACAGUUUCCCUUCCCUCAAUCUCCAUGCAAAAAGUACAGAGAAUUUGCCUGCCAGGCCUGCAUACCAAGUCUCGAAAGAGAGGGCAAAAAGUUUAGGCAUCAAAUUCACUCCUCUUGAGGUAAGCCUCAAGGACACUGUAGAAUGUUUGAAGGAGAAGAAAUUACUCAGUUUCUAAAAUCAAGACACUAUAGAUGUAAUGAGAAUUCAUGUAAGAAAUGCAUCCAUCAAACAUUCUAGUAUUUAACUUGUAUUGUACUGAAAUUAUGUGUAUAUGAUGAGAGCCUGAAUAUAGGCACAACAUUGAAUAAGUUUGCUUACUAAUAUGAGCAAGAUGUAUGACUAUCUAAAUUUCAAAGCCUA